AUGAUAAAUGUGAUACUUCAUAUAGAGCUAGUUAUUAAGCUAUCUAUUGGAUACUUCGUAAUUGAUCUUCAUAGUACAGGGGAUGAAAAAGGGUACUAUUUUAUUCACGUUUUUGUAGGAAAUCCACCUCAAAAACAAAGCCUAAUUCUUGACUCUGGCAGCUCACAAAUUAGUUUUACAUGUAUUACAUGUUCAAAUUGCGGUAUGCAUGAUUACCCCCCAUUUGAUAUAACAAAAUCGACUACUGGUAAGAGUUGUAAUAGAAAGCUAAUUGGCAGCGAAAAGUGCACAUAUUUUCAUCGUUUCAAUGAAGGGAGUAUUAUUUCUGGAAAAUACUUCUCCGAUAUUGUGAGCUUUGAAAAUAUUCAUGAAGAAUACGGAAUAACUAAGGAUAAUCUCAAAAUUAAAUAUGAUUAUUUGGGUUGUAACGAGCUAGAAACUAAAAAAAUAUACCAUCAAAAUGCGACCGGAGUGUUUGGGAUUGGAUUAAAAUCUACUAUGGAUGAUCGUAUCAACAUAAUUAAUUUCUUAUUAACUUCAAUAGGAAAUACUCUAAACAUUAAUGAUUUCAAUAAUAUCGUUAUUUCUAUUUGCCUAUUAUAUUCAGGUGGAAAGAUUAAAAUUGGAGAAUACAAUGAAAAAAUCAUUGAUGAUCAUUUGAAUUUAUCAGAUAAUAAAUUCAACUAUAUUUAUUGGAUUCCGAUUCUUUACCCUUCAAAUUUAUACAAAGUGAGAUUUGAAGGGAUAUCAAUUGGGAAUGGAAAACUAAGUUUAUUGGAUAAAAAAAAACCACUUUUUGCUAUUAUUGAUAUAGGCUCAACCUUUUCAUUCCUCCCAACUAAAGUGUACAACAAAUUAUUUAGUAAGUUCUCUAAAAUUUGCGAGUUCUUAAAUAAACUUAAUAUGAACGAAUGCAUUACGAUUGGCCAAUCUCUAUGUCUAUCUGACCCUAUAAGAAUCAGUUCGUUAUUUCCUACAAUUAAAAUAAAAUUUGGAGGCCAAGAAAAUUUAAUCAACUGGUUAUAUACCUCCUACCUAAUAAAAAGAAAAAAAGCAUGGUGUAUUGGAAUAAAAGAGCAAACCUCUGAUCAAAAUCGUAUUAUUCUUGGAAUAAGUUUUUUAAAAAAUAAACAAAUCAUUCUGGACCCUAGAAAAAAAAGGAUUGGAAUUGGUCUAAAUGAUACCAUCAAAUGUAAGGAUGAGCGAAAUUAA